AUGCACAAACAGUUAUCGGAUAGGUGACCGUAUAGGAGGCGAUUCGCGCGGGGUUCGCCCCAGGGGGUUUAGUUUGUCAAAAUGAACGUGCUCGGUUGGGUCACGAUGCCCGAGUGGCUGAUUUUCGGAGUGACAGCCCUCGUUCUCCUCUACAAGUACAUAACAAGAUACAGGAAUUACUGGAAACAACAAGGCAUCCCAUUUGAAGAGUUUUCCUUCAUUCGUCCGUUCCUAAAUGCUUAUAAGCCUAUCCACCUGCAGGACGAGGAGCGCUACAAGAAAUACGGAAAGUUAUUCGGGACAUUCGAAGGCGGUAAACCUCUGCUUAUGUUAUCAGACGUGGAGUUAAUGAAGCAUGUGCUCGUCAAAGACUUUCCUUCACUUCCACAGAGAAGGCCGUUCCCUUUCCACGACGAUCUUUUGGACAGCAUGCUGGCAUUCGUAGCACCGAAACGCUGGAAGACAUUGAGGGCAGCCUGUAGUCCAGCCUUUUCAGCAGCCAAACUGAGAAACGCACAUGCAGCGAUGCAGAGCUGCGCCAAAGUUGCCUGUGAAAACUUAGCGAAGGCUGCAGAGUCCAGUCAUGAAAUGGACAUAAAAAAUUUCUUCGGCUACUAUACCAUAGAUGUAAUAGCCCGAUGUGCCUUUGGAACCGUCGUCGACUCCUACAAUGACAAAAGGAACGAGUUUGUGCAGGCUGCCAGAGACGUCUUCGGUGGCGACAUAACGCUACGCAAGUUCCUAUUCGUUCACUUUCCGUCCGUGCUGAACGCACUGAAAAUCCCACAUAGCGACACGAAGAUAUUCCACUGCUUGAAGGAUAUCGCUUCAGCAAUGAUGCACGAAAGGCGGCGAACCGGAACGCGACGUGAAGAUUUUCUACAGAUGAUGAUAGACGCUCAAGAAGGGACGCUUUCAACCACGACAGAGAAAGAAGAUACAUCCCAAAAAGAAUUUCAUCUGGACGACGACAUGAAGUUCGAAAGCGUGUCGAAAGGAAUCACUGAAGACGAAGCUCUGGCACAAUGCGUUAUCUUCCUCUUCGCGGGUCUGGACACUACGUCCAUGGCACUCGCCUUCGCAGCCUAUCUGUUGACCAUCAAUCCCGACGCUCAGGAAAGGCUUCGAGCUGAAAUCGAUGAAUGCUUCGAGAAACACGGAACCGAACCAUCACUGGAUGUCGUCAACAAGCUGCAGUACCUUAACGGCGUUGUGUCAGAAAGCUUGCGGAUGUAUCCAGUUGUAAACCGGAUUGAACGACUGGCUCACGUGGACUACACCCUCGGGGACAGCGGUGUGACGGUGCCAAAAGGAUGCUUGAUUGUUGCUCCGGCGUAUUCCAUCCAUCAUGACCCUGAGAACUUCCCGGAUCCUUACAAGUUUGAUCCCACCAGGUUCAUUGGAGAAAAUCUGUCGUCGAUCCGACCGUACACGUACCUGCCAUUCGGAGCCGGUCCCCUCAACUGCAUCGGCAGCAAACUUGCACUUCAUGCCUUGAAGCUGUGCCUUCUGCACGUUUUACACAGAGUGGAAUUUGUGCGAACAGCAAACACUAAGGUACCCAUCGAGUUCUGUGCUGGAUUUACAACUGUGACUACAGCGAACAUUACAAUCGGCAUUCGAAAACGACUGGCUUAAACCACAGGAAUGUUUCUGCUGCGAAAUUUGGGUAUCAUAGCGGCAGCAGGAAUGUGUGCACAUAUAUAUUCGUAAUAAAUGACCAAGUACCUACGGAA